GCCAGAAUGGCCAGACAAAAUGCCCAUGAUGCCACUGCCUUCACGUGCUAGCGGAACUAUCGUAAAUAUAGUUUUCUAGUUUAAAAACAGGACAUGAAUGCCCUCUCAAAUCAAAAUUUGAAUGUGACGAGCUCGUAAUCACGACUUCAGAAGUGGGAACUGGGAAGAAACUGAUAGCACGAGUUUACCAUUAAAAAACAACAGCAGGUCUGAAAAUUCAAGAAAGAUUGCUCGAUUACACGAUUUAAAAAGGACAAUUUUUGGACACCUGCUUUUCAAAAACAAUGGAGGAGCCUUUGUCCCCUCGAGAGUCUGGUCAGUUUGUGGCGGAGCGGAGUCGAGAUGUGUCUGUGGAUGAAGAUGGUGUUAAACGUGUGGCGCAGAUGAUUUAUGACCUCCGUGAAAGUGAAGAAUUCACAGCCAGCGGCUGGAAAAAGAUGAAUCCGCUGGCACCUUCGCCAGACUCCGAUGAUGCCAUCCACUGGGUGUUUGUGACAGACACCAUGAACUUCUCCUUCUGGCCUGAGAAGGAGGAGGAACAGUGUGAGGUCACAUGUAGGGGAAACACCUAUCGAGGGUACAUGUCUCUCUGUGCUGCUGUGACCAGGGCUAUGGAUGAAGGAGUGCCCAUUACAAGCCCUGCCUACUUCUCUCAGAUCACUGAGGCCCAGCUGGCGAAAGUCCUGCGUUCAGACAGCGCUACUAGCAUGCCCAUGCUGAAAGAGCGUCACCAGGCGCUAACAGAGGCCGGGCGAGUGCUCAUGGAGAAUGGCGGAUCCUUCCGGAUGUUCAUGAGUCAUUGUGAGAAUGAUGCAGAGAAGAUGGUGAAGUAUAUUGUUCAGAAUAUACCGUCAUACAGAGAUGAAGCCACGUAUGAGGGUAAGAGGAUUUCGUUUUACAAGAGGGCUCAAAUCCUUGUGGCGGACGUGUGGGGCAUCAUGGAGGCCCGAGGGGAGGGGAACAUCCCGAACCUUGACUACCUGACCAUGUUUGCUGACUACAGGGUUCCACAAGGCCUUGUGUACCUUGGGGCUUUACGCUACUCUGAUGCCCUAAUGAAAACACUGAAAAACGGUGAAUUGUUGAGCUCCGGUGAGAGACGAGAGGUGGAGAUCCGGGGUUGCUCCAUCUGGUGUGUGGAGAGAAUCCGGCACCAUCUGUGGAAGCUUGUGGAGGAGAGAGAUGAAAAGAGAUGUCACAUCAACUCUGCUCUUAUUGAUUUUUACCUGUGGCCAUAUGCUAAAAAACACCACAAAGAAAUGGCACAUAUUCCAAUACAUCACACUCGCUGCAUCUACUAUUGACACCAUCAUCAUCUUUUUCCACAUUCUUUUUUUGUAUUGUUCUUUAUACCUUUAAAUAAAGUUAUGAAAAGGUGGUGAUUUACAUUUGGUAUAAAUCAUUUGGUAACAAGAGUGGAAAGAGUCAUUAUGCCUAUAUAUCAACUCAACAGUCAAUACUACAUUUCCAACAAGAAAUAUUAAUUAUGUAGAUUUUAAACAUCACUGUCAUCGAAAUAAUAAUUUUGAGAACCUCAGAGCAAUACACAAUAACGUCACUUUAUUCCUGAAUGAAUCAUUGGUUUGAACGAAUCUAUUGAUUGAAUAAUUCAAUAACUCACUCAAAAGAUCCAUACUUAAAUUCUUGUAAUGGAGUUCUUCUUUUGUUCAUUUGAUCGGACCAAUCAGCGUUCCACUGCCUACAUAUGUCCUAUGACAGUUCUUUGGCAUUUCUCCAUCAACUCCACCAUCUUGGCUGGGGUUUUGCAAAUUGAUUACAGCAAUGAAGCAGUGACACUAAAAUAGAUUGUAUGUGAGUGACAGGUUGUCCCUUGCAGUAAAGAGAUGUUGCUGCAGAGGGGAAUUUAUGUUUAUCAAAGAUUAUGAGGGCACAUUAAAUGAAUAAAAAAGAGGGGGGGAAUUUGCACUCGGAUAAAUAGGCCUAAUCUAUAAUAAAUACUGUUCAUUAAAAAAAA